AUGAAAGGGAAGACUCUCCCAGGAUCUAUCCCCAAGGGGCAGCCACCAGUGUCAGCAGCAGGCAGCUUCCCCAGCGAGAGCGGCCGGGGCGCGGAGGAGCUGCGGGUGCUGGAUGUGCCACAGCCCCCACUGAAGGGGAUCGUGAUUGCACGGCUGCCAAAAGAUGGUCCACCAGACCUGGCUGGGGUACAAGCAGGAGACAGAGUGGCUGAGGCAACCUUUGUUUCAGAGCCUGCUGCCCCUGAUGCUGGUUCUACUGAAGCUUCCCCCAAGGGCAGCCCCUUACCGACAGUCAACCAUGUCAUAACAGUCUCUUCUCAAGAAUCUGGAACCAAACCAUUGACCUUCACAUUUGUACCAUCCAUUGGACGACUUCCAACUCAUUUUGAGGUUGUGGAUAUCUCUAAGUUUCUUGUGACAAUUCCAGAGGAACCAAAGGAUCUGAGCAACCAAAAAAUUGUAAAUAAGUCUGAGGCAGUCUCUGAUGAGCUGGUCUUAAAGAGUGGGGCCAAACAAGACUGUGUCUGUACAGACAGCACCCGAAUGGCUUUCCAGUCCCUGGGGUGUAAUUCAAGCAAAGGAGAAAUGCAAGAGAAUGACCUUUUUAAGGCUGAGUUUAUCCUGAUUACGGACUCUGGUGAUGAAGAUGAAGUAGCUGCUGCCUCAAACAACGCUCCUCAGCCUUCCAAUGGCUACAGUCCCAUCAGUGCUCAGCUGCUGACCACAUCCCAUGUUUCCCCUGGCACCAGAGCAGGGAAACCUCCUGGCGAUGGGCACCUUCCAGGUGUUGCACUUUCCCACAGUACUACUGAUCCACAAAAACAUCAGGCGUUAGAAGAGCCAUCCAAGCCUGCUAGUGUGACUGAAGGCACUGCUUUGGACACUCAUUCAGAGAUGUGCUCCCCUGCCCAGCUCAGACAACAAACAGAAGAGCUGUGUGCUGUCAUUGAUCAAGUCCUGCAGGACCCCUUGACCAUGCGCCGGUGUGAGUCUUCUCCAAGUUUCCUGCAGAUGAGCACAGAGUCAGAUGUUGGCAAGAUGUCAACGACACUGCAGAGAGCAGCUGGGCGUGAAACCAGAUAUGCCAAUCUUUACAAGUCGGUGCCUAUAGUAACUGAGAGUCAGCUGACAAAACCUGGUGUCAUUCGUCCUGUGCUGGUGAAAGGAAAGAGUGCACAGCAAAAGGAGGAGCCCUAUCAGCCCAAUCCUUUUAAAAAGUACCUCGAAGAAAUCAGUGAUCAAAAUAUUGAGCAGCAUUGGAGACGUUGGACAAAAAUCUCUGUAGUCCAAGGUGUGUGGGUAACAGGGCUGGCUAAUGAGCUUUGUAAGGUGAAAAUUGUGUCCUAUGCCUUAACUGAUCUGUUUGAUGAGCAGCUGACACGAGGUGUUUACACUAUCUCAAGAGAGCCCCCGCCCUAG